UGAACAGGAAGUCCAGUUUGAAGACUUAGUGCGGGCUGGUUUUGUUGACAGUGCGGACACGGCUCAUAUUAAACACCUGAUGAAGACAUGGACUCUGAGCAGCUGUUCCUGGAUCAGUUCAAACCCAGCGGAGACGCAGAGGCGCUCUGGUUGAAGGACAUCUUCAGAUUCAUCACACUACACCUGGUUCCUGUCCUCUAUGGCUCCGCCCCUCCUGCUGCUGACCACUUAUCGACAGCUGCAGGUGUGUGUGCUCAUCAGCUGAGUGUGUGUGUGGUGAGGAAGAUACAGAACAACAUGGCCGUCACACACACCUUACCUGUCAGCUACAGACUGGUGUCCGUCUCUGAGCUGUGCUCCCGGCAGCACCUGGCCUGUGUCAGUAACCUGUCCUGGAGCACCAAUCAGCAGCGAGCAUGGGUCAAGGAGGCGGAGCUUUCGCUGCCGGGUCACCAGGCUCUGCCACGAGUCAACCUGCUGCUGAUUGGCUGUCUGAGAGAGGGGCGGGGCGGAGAGUGGAGGCUGAUGGACGCCAGUGGCAGCGUCAGGUGUGAGUGCCUGUCUCCAUCUCCUCUAUGGAUGAAUCGUCCUGUCUUCCUCCCUCACUGGAACUACAUCCCCCACAAUGCCCCGGGGCAGGACCUGGACCAGGAUGGGGGCGGAGGGUACAUGGAGCUGAUUGGUUCUCCCGUUCUGCUGUCUCCCGGUCCUGAGCAGGGAUUGGCUGUUGGUCCUGGAGGAGGGGCGGGUCUUAGCAGAGCAGUCGGAGUCAGAGAGGCUGCUGGUUUACUGCACAACAGGACUCGUGGACAGCGUGUCUCAGUCUGUGGACAGGUGGCUUCAGUCUGUCCUCUGCUGGAUGUAGCAGGAACAACCUUCUUCUGCUUCUCGCUGACGGACGACGUCCACACUCUUCCUGUCCUCGUCAAGGACAGCAGCAGGCUAUGGUGGACUCAGUGUAUGUGUGUUGGUCAGAGUGUGUGUGUGACGGCACUGCGUGUGUGUGUCCUACGAGGCUGGAGAGGAAACAACGUCCUGUGUGUGACAGACCAUUCUGAAAUACACACAAACUACACACACACUCCUGCAGACGACACACACACUGACUCACCCACAGACACGCCCCCUCCGCUGAUGAUGUCAUAUGUCAACGAUGACGACUGUGAAGAGGCAGAAGCUGACAGAGACGUCGUCCAAUCAGCUGUCAGGAUGAAAAAGUCCAGAGUCAUCAGUUACCAGGGUACUGUGACUGAGGUGGUGAGUGAGGGGGCGGGGCUGUAUGUCAUCGACAGGAAGGUGGGACUGUGCCUGGCCUAUCAGCCGACUCUGAGGAGGAAACUGAGAGCAGGAGACUCUGUGGAGCUCCAUCACGUCCACUUCCUGUACCGGCCCUGUCCUGAUUUUCCUCCCAGCAUGCUUUGCACCUGUCUGCGCUCCACCCUCAGGGUCACCACCUUCAGCAGGGUGGUGGGCUCAUCGCCGGACUCCAGCUGCCCCGGUGAUGGAGUGUUACCACGGUUACUGCUGGAGAAGAACAUGGGCGUGUCUGAGUACCUGUGGACCUGUCACCUGAGCUCCCAGCUCACACACAGUCUGGUUCCCAGUGUGUUGAAGCAGCAGUGUGUGUGUGUGUUGUCCUGGAAGAUGAUGGAGUUUGUGUGGAGACGAGGAAGAGGAAGAGGAAGAGGAAGGCGGGACAUCUACUCAGAGAUGUUGGACGAGCCUCACACCUGUCCUCUAACACAGUACAGCGUGGACCCUGCAGUGUCUCAGUCCAUCAGUGUAUCAGAGCUCACUCAGUCCCUCCAGUCAGAGUGCUGGUCUUCUUUGUCUCUGAGCUCUCUGCUGCCCUCUGGUGGACCCAGUCUGACCAGGUCUCAGCUAAACACAGCACUGUCCUGGUCCUGUAGGACUCUGACCUCUGACCCUGAGACUGGAGACGCACUCAGGCGGCGCCCCCUGCUGGUGGUCGGUGUGUUGGAGCUGCCAUCAGAGACGUCUGAACACACUCUGCAGCUCAGAGACAGGACGGGAGCUGUGGCCUGCGUCGUCACGGAAACCAGCCAGGAAGAGGAGGGAGGUCAGAGGGCGGCCUUCAACACCGCCUGGAUAGGUUGUCUGGUGUGUGUACAUCAGUUCACCAUGGUAAUAGAAAGAUUCCUCCAAUCAGAUUUCCCCUCCCACCAACACCUGGACCAGGACCAGUACAUCACACACAAACACUGCAGAGUGUACCUGCAGUUCUCUCUGGACCACGUCCACAUCCUGAGUCCGUCUGUUGCCAUGGUUACACACCUGGGACAGAGGAGGGCGGAGUCAGGAGGUGAGGUCACAGACAGGAAACAGGGAGCAGGGAGGAGGAAGAGAAGAAGAGAAGAAGAAGAAGAAAGCUCCUCCCCCUCUGUCUCCUCCACAGUCACCAUGACGGGCGGCAGCUCCCAGCCCUGCGUCUCCAUGGUGAUCCGGGUGGAGCAGAAGGACGGCGUGGCCUGGAGGAACACGGGGGCGGGGUUAAAGGGGGAUGAGGCCGGCCUGACGCAGUGCUUCUCUGUCAGAGCAGCUGUGAUUGGUCCGGUGGUCAGCUGGGGGCGGGACCCGAAGAAUGCACCAAUGACAGACAGAGAGGUGGAGUCAGAGAGACAGGAGAAGGUGGUCCUGGUGCUCUCAGGUGUGUCAGCUCGAUGGUUUCCUCUCCUGCAGCCUGGAUGUUUCUACAGGCUCAUCGCCGCUAACACACAGGAUCCGACCGUUCUGAUUGGCUGUGGUGUUUCUGGGCGGAGGGGGGUGGAGCUCCACUCUGACCCCACCCUGCAGGUCCCAUCUGAAUGGAGGUUCCACACUCUGAUCCGCCCACUGCGGCUGCACACCUGCACACAGGCUGUCCCGUCCUCUGUCCUGUCUGUCUCUGAUGUGCUGGACUGCAGCUCAGAGCUGGUGUGUGUUCAGGCUCAGGUGUGUGACAGGAUCAGUCUGAACGACAGGACCACUGACUCUGCUGCUGCAGGUGUGAGACUCACAGUGUGUGACCACAGUGGGAGGAGCCUCCAGGUGUACCUGGACCUGAGCCACACCCCCUACCCACCUGGCCUGUUGCCUGGCAACACACUGCUGCUGUCUGCUUUCCAGAGGAGAGUGUCCAGGUCAGGAGGAGUGUACUGCAGUUCUCUUCCUGUCAGUUCAGUAACUGUUAUCUCACUUGGAGAUACGAGCUCCGCCACGCCUCCUCCUGCUCCCAUGAUGCACCUGGGUGUGUGGGCAGAGAGCAGGGAGCAGAGGAGCACUGUGGGUCGGGUCAAAGGUCACGUGGUGUGUUUCCUGUUCCUGCAGCUGCAGUGGAGCUGCUCGCUGUGUGGGAGCGUCUACACACAGACUUGUUCCUGUCCUCAGUGUCCUUCAACAUCGUCCGUCUUUCAGUCCAAAGCAAAUGUGUACUUUACUCGUGUGUGUGUGUGUGUGUGUGUGUGUGUGUGUGUCAGGCUGGUGAUGGACGACGGGACAGGUGAGGCCCACGUCUGGUUCUCCGGCGCUCUGGUUCGUCCUCUGCUGGGAUUGGCUGAUUCUCAGUGGGAGGGGCUUCAGCGAGCGCUCAGGGUCAGAGGUCACAUCAGAGUGUACCCUCGGGGGCGGAGCCUGGUGUGUGACUCUGAUGACCCUCUGGUCCACUUCCUGUUGUGUGUGUGCGGCAGUGAUGUCACGUGUCGUCAGCUCUCUGUCACCUGCAGGAAACACAACACCCAGAGAUCAGAAGAGGUGAAGAGGUUCAGUCGAGGAGAACGAGACUUCAUGACCAGAGUGACUCCGCCCCUACAGCUCACCUGUCUGCACCUCAACACCUGUCUGUGACAGACUGAUCUCACCUGUCUGUGACACACACUGAUCUCACCUGUCUGUGACAGGCUGAUCUCACCUGUACACACACUGACACACAGACAGGAAGAGGCGGAGCCAGCUCACCUGUACCCUGACUGGAGGGAGCAGGUCCUCGUAUAAGGAGAUCACCAUGUUUCUACAGUGGCCCAGAGUGGACAAACCAAACACUGGCUCUGUAUGAGGACAUUAAUGUGUUCAUAUCACACAGCAGUUCUACUUCCUGUUUGACAGGUGAUGAUGUCACAGACUGAACCUCCAACACACUGUUAUUAAAUCUGUUU